UACUAAACCAGGAGAAGCCUCUAUUUCUAUCUAAUAACAUAUUCUAUAGUAUAGACGUUUACAGUAGACCUACUACCACCUAGAUCAAGAUCUACAGAUUUUUUCAGAUCUAGAUUUAGAUCUAAAUAAACGUAAUGUAACACUUAGAUUUAGAAUCUAGAUCUGGAUCCAUUUAUACCCAUACUUGAUAUUUUAGAAAAGCAGUGGUAACUAUUAAUAAUGUCUAAGAUAACGCAUUUUUCGGAUUCUGACGAAUAUGAUGAGGCUGUUAAAACUACCGCUAUAACAAGUCGUCCCAAUCAGCCACAAGUCAUUGCAUCUCAAACAAGGAUGACUAAAGUCAAUAUCCAGAAUGCUCAGAAUGUUGUACAUCGAGGUGUAUUAAAUGUAACAGUGGAUUCCAGCGGUCGAACUAAGAAAACAGUAGUGAAGCCUAAACAACCUAUAACUACAUCUCAAGAAAGGCCAAGUCAAAAUCAAUUAAUGGAUAUAAAAGAUAGAGUUGGUCCAGACUGGAAAGAUAUGGGUCGACGCCUGGAAUUUGAUGAUUCUGUUUUAGAACAGAUGAAACUAGAUAAUCACCCAAAUAACCAUGAUGAACUUAUUUAUCAAAUCUUGCGUAAGUGGAUUCAGCGAGAAAAUGAAAAAGCAACUAGAGAAAAGCUAGCUAAAGUGUUUAUUAAGUUAGAAAGAGGUGAUUUGGCUGAUAUUUUAGCUACAGAUGAUUAAGCUACUGUACUAGAGUAAGAUUUUUGGAUAUGAAUGAAAACAUAAUUUUUAAAAUAUUAAUACAGAUACAAUUUUGUUAUUUUUAUUGGGUGAUUUGUAAAAUUUUAUGCAAAUUGUUUUAUAUAAAUGUAAAUGAAUUUUAUGAAAAUAAAAUGUUUUUGUUUUCUUUUUUU